AUAAGUGUGUGAGAAGCGGAUCUUAACUUUCUCCGUCCAGAGCGCUCCAGACGCAUUAAUACCCCGCCAGUAAGAGGUUUACCUGCCCUGAAGCUGAGGUCUGUGUCGGUGGAUUGUACGACUAAACUCUAGUGAUUUUAUUUCCUCAAGAAAAAACAGAGCGACGUUUUACUCUGGAGAUUUCCAACGUUUUCAUGUCACAUUCCUGACGUUUCUGAAGAGGUCGGCCGGACAGCACACAGCGAGGCUGCCGGAGAACAAAUCCUUCAUCGCUUUUUUUCUUUUUUCUGAGGAGGGAUCAAGACCAGAGUGCGUGUGUUAUGAAGGGAAGAGGACCCGGUGUUUGCUUGAAUAUGGCUUUUCUGUGUGUGAGAGAACGACACAGGGAGCUGAUCUGAGGUCAAGGCCUUCUUCCUCUCCCCCCGGAGUCCCAUGACAGCUUGAGGCACAACCCCCGGGGUUGCUAUCGCUACGCUGACCGACUUAAAUAUUUGAAUACUCGUUGGGAGAAGCAACACAGUCUGGAUCUCUCAGCUGGGAGUGGAAAGAGCCAGAGGAGCUUCUUAACAAGUGAGUUUGCUUUGUAAGCUGUUUGUUUACAUUCAGCUUCAUUUCUUCGGCUGGUUUUAAUCACCACGAAAAACUGACUUCUACCCAAACAUAAAGAGGUGUUACCCAGUGAGUGGACCUGAGGACACUAACCUCUCCUCUCAGAUAAAAAGAGACUUCUCUUUGACCUGUCAACGUCGACCUGUCAGAAGCAAAAUGCCGGCAAAGACGCCAAUGUACUUAAAAACUACAACUCCCAAGAAGGGAAAGAGACUGAGGCUCCGUGAUGUCCUCUCAGGUGAUAUGAUCAGCCCCCCGCUGGGCGACGUGCGUCACAGCGCCCAUGUGGGGCCCGAAGGGGAGGGCGACAUGUUUGGGGACGUGGGUUUCCUGCAGGGUAAGAUGAACAUGCUGCCGGCCCUGAGUCGGGUGCAGGACGGGCGCUCGCACAGCGUGGAGAGACACCUGGAUGACGGCUUCACCGCGAGACAGGACACGCACAACUACGCCUACAAUGGUUACCACUACCAGCACGCCUCCACCGGCCUCCUGAAGACCACCGUCUCCAUGCCUGUGUUCAUCUCCCACGAACAGGCUCCACCUAAACCCCCACGCCUCCACCUGGACGACCCCUCCUCGUCUUCUCUGCCUUCCCAGCAGAACAGCUUCCAGCGCCAUCAGCAGCCUGCAGACACGCGCCACAAACAGGCCAACGGCUACAGGCGCACCGACAACCGCGGCCAGCUCUUUGAGAACGGCGUGGUGGGCCGUUUGGCAUCGGAGCCCUGCCGCGACAUCUCCCUCUCCCCGGCCAUCCGCAUGCUCGUCCCCUCCUCUGGCUCCUUCUCGGAGGCCUCGUCUGAGGACUCCACGUCAGAAACCUGCGGGCCCCUGGAAGGUCGCCGGGGCCUCAGCCUGGACUCUGAUGCCGGCCUGAGCAACGAGGAUCUGAGGAGUGAACGCAGCGAGUCGCCGUGCGAUGCCUUCCAUCCGGCCGGUCUCACGGUCUCCUCCGGGGUGUCACGGUCAGACUCUAUGGCGGGCUUAAACUUGGACCUGGGUCCGUCCAUCAUGGAGGACGUCCUGAGUAUCAUGGACCGCUACAAGACUGAGGACAACCGCUGUGAGCUGUGAAGAAAGAUUAAAGGGUAACUUCUGUGUUUUUCAACCUGGACCCUAUUCUCCCAUGUUUUUGUUCCUAAGUGACUGAUUUGAACAACAAUCUUCGAAAUUGGUCCAGUAUUAAGCACGACGCAAUACGCUGCAAUGUAAUGUAAAUGGGCAAUUGAGAACCUUUUAAUUUACGUCCACAAAAAGUCAUGUUUUUGCCACAGACAGGCUCAGAUUAUAAGUGUCUGACAACAUUAUGGAAAGCAUCUGUACAGAGAUAGACCUUUUUGUUAA